CAGCUGUAAGAUGGCCAACCAACAAGCAGGUUUGUUGACGUUCUUGCGGAGGUGAAAAUUAAUGCACAAAAGGCUGCACAUCUACACCAUUGAAUCAACAGUAAAGUGUGAUUAGAACGCUAGUUUAUAGUUAGGCGAGAUCUGCUCACUGGUCAUGCUCGAUCGAUCAGUCAUGAUUCGGUCGGUUGGUUGGCUGGUGCGUCCGGAAUGAAGCUUUCUCCGCAGCAGCAGCAGCCCUUGCUGCUGGUGGGAUUGAUUGUGCUAUGGGCUACUAGCUUGCAGGCGUACAGUAACGUUACCGAAACUAGUGAGAUUGCUUCCGAACAUGGCCGGUCGAAACGUACGCUAGUAUACACCUUCAACAGUUGUGCUGGGGUCUUGUUUGCCCUAUCCAUUCCACUGCUGAUUACCGGCCGGAACAUAUUCAUGUCAUACAACUUUGAGGCGAACUACAACAUGGCCACAGACAGUACCGACUUUACACAGGGCAUCUUGAAGAAAGGAGACAACGAUCAGAUACACGAAGCUGAGGCACGAAAGGCACGCGACACCGCACGCCCGGUCGUUCCCACCCCGAAACGAUCGAGCAUAAGCAGGAAAAAAAUCUACCGAGCUAUCGAGCUCAACUUGCAGCGUUAUGGAUUUGCCGGCAAGCGGUGUAUAUUGAGGAUGAUCUGCGAUCUGGCAGACGCACCGCUGCAUCACGAAAACGGUGUGCUGGGGGAUGUGUUGCAAUUGAUAUUUACCCCAUCUCUUUCCGAAGACGAAAAUCUACCGAGUGAGUUUGGCCGUGCAGAAGAGUUGGGACGGGAGCACAACAAUUGUACCAAAUAUCGAGCUCACUGUCCCGCAAACCCGAUCGAUCUGGUAACCAUUGUGCUGGGUCAGUGAAGAAACCCCAAGUGGCGAGGAACGGUUGCUGUACGACUGAUUGUUUUUAAAUAAAUUUAGGCGUUGUUGUAAAAUGAAUGUUGUUUUAAAAUAAUGUAUGAUACUAUGCUUCACUAGCUCCGAUCGAUAUUGAUGCAACUGUACAGUUUCCAGAAUGGCUAGUAAAAAU